AUGAGUACAAGCUUAUUCCUUGAAACACUUCGAAGGAACGAUCUUGAAAUGUAUUAUGGAAGUUUAUCAGCAGCAGGAAUUCACGAUUUACAGAGCCUAGCACGACUUCCGCUAACAGAUUAUACACUUGUUGGCGUCAACGCAGUAGAUGACCGGAAGCGUCUAUUCAAUCUUGCCCAACAAAUAAAAGCUGAAUUACUCAGUGAACCACCUGCAAAUUCAUACAACAAUAAUUCUUCUAAUGCCAUGCGACAAGACUUUCAAUUUCCCACACGAAAUUAUACGUCGGCUCCGACGUCUGUGGAGCAACCAUCUCAAGACAGCUCUAACAGUGGCUCUGUUCCUGGUCGGCGCUUCUCACCAUCAUCUAUUGGUCGGGGUCGUUCGACCACGCUCGCUGCUCGCACACGAAUACCAUCACCAUUCGUAAAUGCUAGCCGAUCACAGCAAUUAUCGCAGCAUCAACAAUUGUUAGAAGCUCAGUUGGCGGCCGAAGAAGAUGAGGAUGAGUCGGUACAGAUAAAGGCCGGGCAGGCAUCCCGGUUGAACGCUUAUGGUGUGCCAAGUAGGCAUCCAUCGAGGAGUAACUCGUACUCUGUUCCGAAAUAUGCUAACGCACCUAGUAAUUUGAAUGACAAAAUAAGAGUCUGCGUCCGAAAAAGGCCUUUAAAUAAAAAGGAAAUAGCCAGAAAUGAAAAGGAUAUAGCGAUUAUAUCGGGUAGUAGAACUCUCCACGUUCAUGAACCAAAAACGAAGGUCGACUUGACUAAAUACGUCGAGCAGCACACGUUCGUGUUCGACGAUGUGUUCGAAGUAGAUGCUGAUAACGAAGAAAAUUCUAAAGAGGCUAGCAACAAGGAAUUGAUGUUCGACUUUUCGCCCUACGCCUAUAUAGGAAGUGGCAAGACUUAUACUAUGCUUGACGAGAAGAAAGGACUAUAUGUGCUGGCUGCCCAAGAUAUAUUCCGUUACCUUCAGAGGUCAGAAUAUAAUCAUUUGGUUGCAUGGAUAGGCUUUUAUGAAAUAUACCAAGGACAUCUGUAUGAUCUCUUGAACAAGAGAAAAAAGCUUUAUGCUCGUGAAGAUGGAAAGAAGAAUGUAGUGAUAGUCGGACUACAAGAGUAUCCUAUUGACACUGUCGAGAAUCUUAUGGCAGUCUUCGAUUAUGGAAAUACUGUUCGUAGUACUGGAAGUACGGGUGCCAAUGAGGAUUCGUCGCGUUCUCACGCUAUCUUGCAAAUAGUAUUGAAACAUAGGAAGAAUAGAAAGAAGUUUCAUGGUAAACUUAGUUUUAUAGAUUUGGCUGGUAGUGAACGUGGUGCGGACAGAGGUGAAGCUGAUCAAAAAACGAGAAUGGAGGGAGCCGAAAUCAAUAAGAGUUUAUUGGCACUGAAAGAGUGCAUUCGAGCAUUAGAUCAAGACAAGAGACACACUCCUUUCCGUCAGAGCAAACUCACCCAGGUUCUUAAAGACUCAUUUGUUGGCAAUUCACGGACAUGCAUGAUUGCAACAGUAUCUCCGAACAUUUCAAACAGCGAGCAUACUCUUAAUACUCUGAGAUAUGCAGACAGAGUGAAAGAGCUCAAAUCUGAGAGAGAUCGUGCGGAACGUGCUGCCGCCGGACUCGAUGAAUUCGCAAACGAUUCCUAUCCCGAAGGUUAUUUGAUAAAUGAAGAAAGUCGUCCUGAAGAUAGCAGCGAAGAGCAGUUGGCAGAAAGUAGUUAUGAAGGCUACGGUGAAGAAGAUGAUGAUGAAGAAGAUUAUGCUAAUUUUGAUGAAGAAGACUCUGAUACGUUUGAAGAAGGCUUUGGGAGUGAUGAUGACGAUGAUCUUCUCGGACAGGAGAUGCCGGGUGGGCUUGUGGAUGAAGACUUUCCUCAAUACGUCCGUAAUCUGGAAAUGGAUCCAUUUGAACAUGAACCAGAGUCGCUGGAGAAGAUGAUGCCGGGACUUUCUCUAAACGAAGGGUCUCAAUAUUCCAGAAAUAGCAUUCAUGCUUCACAUGGCAGAUCAUUGUCAAUGUAUUCAAACUCCCCAGAAAUUCGACAGUCAGAGGUAUACUCAGCAUAUUCAAAUAACAACCAUCAUUCAUCAUCAUCAAUAGGAACCUACAGCUCGACGGAAAUCGAUGACUUUGUCAAACGUCAUAGACAUCAAUUACGAGAGAUCAGUGAAUAUAGCCGCAAAGAAACUCAACUUUUAGCUGACUUUACCCUAAGUUUCAAUGCCAAUAAGGACAUGGGAGCAUCAGCUGCUGAAUCAGUUAAACCCUUUGAAGACUAUAUGGAGAAAUUAGAUAGUUAUCUUGAAAAUAAGGUUGAAAUUAUUCAGGAGCUCAGACGAUCAAUCAAUCAGUUGCUGAGCCAACAUUAA